AGCAGGACAACCGUGGAGAAACUGAAAUUCAACAUUUGAUUUCGGUUUUUAUAGUGCAAUAUCACUCAAACGAUCGUCGAAAAUUCAGAUUGAAGCAAUGUAAAUCUGUAUUGAACAGAUCUGGAGCUCCCCCUCAAAUCCAAAAAAAAGGUAUGAACUGAAUUUUUUUUUCAACAAUGAUACACAGCAUUUUUAGUUGCAUUCUGGUUGAUUCAAUGGUGUGCAACAGGCAAUUCAUAUGGUAAAACCAAUAAACAAGAACUGAUUCUGAUUAAGGAAACAAGGGAUACUAAUAACUUUUUUUUAAUUUUUUUUGCGUUGGCUUACAGUUGCAUUAUCGUUUGAAAAUGGUUUAGAAAUCAUGAAGAAGUGUUAUAUGACAAGUACCAAGAGCUAGCAUAUAUACAAGGAAUUUAUUGUGGAAAAGAUAGAGGACAGAACAGUUUGAGAAAUGGAAUCAGGACAGGAAAUACAAUGCUUGAACAAAGGAACAGAGAUAGAAGAAAGGAAAGACAUUCCAUUCCUAGUCUUCUACAAUGGAAAAUUCGAUGAUCGAAUGAAUUAUGAAAAUUAUGAAGCCAGUGGACACUACAUUUCUGCCAAUUGUAACUAUGAAGAUUUGCAACAGAAACUCAAAGAUGCCCUGGAAUGCAACCAAGAAAACACUGUUUUGCAACUGAAAUAUCAAGUGAAGGAAGGAUACCAACCAUUGAGGAUAAAGGAUGAUCAAAGCCUGCAUUUCUACAUACAACUCAAACUGAAAGACCCCGACUUCACAACAUACCCAAUGUGUGUGAAUGUCAUCAACAACCCAACAACAACCAUCGAUGCAACAUUCUUUGGAAAUGACAAUUCAUUAAUUACACAUAGAAGCGCCUUCCAACCAAUCGAAUACAAUGCAGCAACAACAUAG